AUGGAGAUAUGGGGUGAAGAUGAUGUAUCUAGUAUGUUUAAUUACUUGUAUCAAAUUGGUGAUAUACCUGCUAUAGAAAUAUAUGUUAAGAUAUUUCGUCGUGUUAAUACUACAAAUGAUGAUGCUGAUAUUGGUACAUCUGGAACUGCUGUGGAAUCAAAUGAUGAACAAAAUGUAGUUGAUGAUUAUGGUUUAUCUGAUAGUCUUGCAGGGCCGUCAAUUAAUUUAUCUGAUACAGUAGAGGAUGAGGAUGAGGAUGACAAUGAUUCAUGGAUAUCUACUGAGAAUAAUGAUGAUGAUAAUAAAAUAGACUUCGAUUUGCUUAGGGUGGAUCCUUAUGAUAAGUCAGAAGGUCGUUCCUUUUGGGAUCAUUCUAAAAAAUUUUCAGUUGGGAUGAUAUUUUCUUCAAGAGAUGCAGUGGCUGCGGCUGCAAAAGAAUAUCACCUAAGACAUCAUCAUCAAUUUUGUUACCAUGAAACAAGAGAGAAAACUCAUUCCAUAAAGUGUAAAGGGUGUGCGUGGAGGUUUCGAGCAUCCAAGACAGAAGGAGAGGAUAUAUGGAAAAUUACGAGAUACAGUGGAUCACACACAUGUACAAAUCCUCAGUUGACGAAAAAUCAUAGCCAACUGGAUAAAAAUUUCAUUUGUUCAUUCAUCUUUGCAUUAAUUGAACAACAGCCCGAUAUAAAAAUUGCUGCCCUACAAGCUGAAGUAAGGGAUAAAUUUUGGUACGAGCCGUUUUAUCAGAAAAUAUGGAAAGCUAAGCAGAAGGCAAUUGCAAGGCUUUAUGGGGGUUGGGAUGAAUCAUUCAGUCAUUUACGUAGAUUCAGACUGCACUUCAUCAUUUUAACCCAGAAAUAG